AUGGACCAGCAGCGACGCAGCAGGAGGGAGGUGAGUGCCACCGAGGCCGCCCAGAGCGCCUUUGGCCACGAGAGACCCCGCGACGACCGCAAAACAACCACGAUCCGCUCCGUCACCCCCGACGAGCCCCCGACGAUACCUGAAGACGCCAUCCCCAGCCAGAACUUCUCCCCGCCCAACAGCCCCCCCGCCCACUCCACCACGCUGCUCUCGUCGCGCACCGGCAACCCCCGAGCCUUUGUCGCCCGCGCCUCGAGCGACUCCGACUACAGAAAUGCCCGCGAGCCCGCCCGCCCGCGCACCAGGACGCUGGAGGAGCGGAGCACCCGCGACCGUUCCCCCUCGGCCGUCUUUGGCUCCUCGCGCCAUCGCAUUGGCUCCGUUGCCAGCUCCCAGCAAAACUACCAGAGCCUCGAGGAGUCGGUCGUCACCUCAAUCGGCCACAUCUCCACCAUCUCGCCCUCGUCUGCCCACCUGCCGCCGCCGCGCACCUCGAGCACAAACGCCCGCGGCCGCCUCUUGAAGCAGCACCAGCAACAGCAACAACAACAACAACAACAGCAGCAGCAGCAGCAGCAGCAGCAGCAGCAACAGCCACAGCACAACCAUCAACAAGCACAUCAACACCAAUACAACCAACAUCAGCAAACACACCACCACCACCACCACCAAAAUCAACAGCAAACUCACCAGCAUCAUCAGACCUACUCAGCCUCGCCCGUCGGCUCGCCCACCAACCUGCCGCCCGAGUCGUGGCUCUCGCCCGUGCCCGCCUCGGAUGCGAAGAAGCUAAAGGCCCUCAUGCGCUCCACGUGCGGAAAGAUGCAGGGUCUGCUCGCUUUCCGCAGGGGCGAGCAGAAUCCCUGGGCUCUUUCCUACUGCUACAUCAACGACGAGGCCGGCAGCCUGGUCUACGAGCCCAAAAACGACACGUCGUAUACCCGCACCCUCAUACCCGAUCUGCGCGGCUGCCACGUCAAAAGCGCAUAUGAUGGCGAGGCAUACACGGCCUACAUACACGUCGUCGUACACAACUCCAAGCUCGAGGUGCACCUGCGCCCGCCCACCCAGGACGAGUUUGAUUCGUGGUUUGCCGCGCUACUGUGCUGGUCGCCCAUGCGCCCCAAAGGCAUCCAGAACCGAAUGGCAAAACCACAGACGCCCGUCAUGAUUGAGCGCCGCCUGACCGACAGCAGGCGCCAUUCGGAGGUGUCUCUGCUCAAGGACUCGCCCAAGAAGGAAGCGCCCAUCAUCAAGGUCGGCAAGAUGAUCUACUGGGAUACGAGCGUGACAUACAGCAACAUGGGCACCCCCAAAAAUUCCGGCUCUGGCGGACGACCGCAAACCCACAGACUGCUGAGCCACGGAUCCCGCCGAUGGCGAAGAGUGUCGUGCACACUGCGCGAGAACGGAGAGCUCAAGCUCUACUCUGACACCGACGUCACCCUCGUAACCACGAUCCAGCUUUCCCAUCUUUCGCGCUGCGCCGUCCAGCGAUUGGAUUCUUCCGUCUUGGAUAACGAGUUUUGCAUUGCCAUUUAUCCCCAGUACACGGCUGCAUCCUCAUCUUCACUAGCAGUUCCACGCCCCAUAUUCCUAUCCCUUGAGUCGCGCGUAUUGUACGAAGUCUGGAUAGUCUUGUUGCGCGCAUUUACCGUUCCGCAGUUGUACGGGCCAAAAUCCGACGCCAUUAGCGAAGACGGCACGCUGUCGCCCACUUUCGGGACCCAGGACAUGUUUCGCAUGGAGAAAUCGCUAUUCGUGCGAGUUAUCGAAGCGAAGCUGAUACCGCCUGUGAGCCCAAAGGUUGCUGACAGCAAUGGAACCAACCCCAUACGGCCAUCAUCAUCGGCUACGGCGAACCCUGGUGGCUAUCUUGUGGAAUUGCUGCUGGACGGAGAGACGCGCGCACGAACCAUGGCCAAGUCUGAAGGCAACAAUCCUUUCUGGAGAGAAGAGUUUGAAUUUUUAGAUCUACCCGCAUUGCACACGGCCUCGCUAUUGUUGAAGAAACGACCACCAAGCUACUCGCGUAACGACAAGAACAUUUUCGAUGUACCUCUCAGCUCCGAUGCCUCUGCCCCCGAAGGUGGUUACGCCGGCAUCUCUUUUGACCAGACCCUAGGCAAGACGGACAUUUACCUUGACGACCUCGGCCCAAAUCAAGAGAUGGAAAAGUGGUGGCCGCUUGUCAGCGGGCAUGGCAACACGAUUGGUGAGAUACUCGUCAAGAUCAGCAGCGAGGAGUGUGCCAUCCUCAUGGCUCGCGACUACUAUCCUCUGUCCGAGCUUCUCCACCGAUUCUCUAAUGGAAUAACACUGCAGGUCGCCCAAAUGAUUCCCAACGAGCUCAGGAGACUGUCAGAGUAUCUGUUGAACAUCUUUCAGGUCUCCGGCGCAGCGGUCGAGUGGAUAUGUGCACUUGUCGAAGAAGAGAUUGAUGGCACCCUCAAAGAAUCCCCAGCCAGUCGUUUGCGCUUCAGCAAGAGGCUGGGAUCGAGCGAGUCGAACGAAUCGCCAAUCAAUCCCUUUGGAUCAGCAAGUGACCGAGAGCUCUUUGUGCGCGAUAUGGGCAACAACGCCAAGCUAGAAGCCAACCUUCUCUUCCGUGGCAACACGCUCCUGACAAAGUCGUUGGAUCUGCACAUGAAGCGCCUCGGCAAAGAAUACCUCGAGGAGACGCUAAGUGAGAAGCUAAAGGAAAUCAACGACAAGGACCCAGAAUGCGAAGUGGAUCCAAACAAGGUCACGUCGCAGAGCGAGCUGGAUCGAAAUUGGCGCAGGUUGAUCAAUUUCACCGAAGAAGUUUGGCGGGCCAUUUACAAUUCGGUCCAGCGGUGUCCGCAGGAGCUCAGACUGAUCUUCAGACACAUCCGAGCUUGUGCUGACGACCGCUAUGGAGACUAUCUGCGAACGGUGCAGUAUAGCAGUGUGUCUGGUUUCCUGUUUCUGCGCUUCUUCGUUCCAGCUGUACUUAACCCGAAGCUCUUUGGCUUACUCAAAGAUCAUCCAAAGACAAAGGCUCGGAGGACGUUUACUCUCAUUGCCAAGUCCUUGCAAGGUCUGGCAAACAUGUCUUCUUUCGGAACCAAGGAGGCAUGGAUGGAGCCCAUGAAUGCCUUUCUCACGUCACAUCGUCAGGAGUUCAAAAAGUAUCUGGAUGAUAUUUGCUCAAUUUCGACAACAUCACAACCCGCACCACCAAUUCCACCAUCGUACAGCACUCCGAUUGCCAUUCUUCACCGACUACCGCCCACGUUCAAGGAAGGAUUCCCGUCUCUGCCAUAUCUCAUUGACCACUCGCGCAACUUUGCAAUGCUGGUCAACCUGUGGCUAGAAAACACUCAAAAGAGCGCGCAUGACAUCCAAGCAACGGACGGCGAUCUCCUGCGCUUCCACAACAUUUGCUUGUCCCUCAGCGAACGCACCAAGGACUGCCUGAACCGCGCAGAGCCGGCUGAACGACCGUCAUCGUCGCUAAGUGUCAAGUGGGAAGAGAUGGUCGAGCAGUUGCAGGGCGUUCAAAUCGAUACCUCACGAGGUGCGGCAACAAGAAACCGGGGCCCGAUACCGGAAGAGGAAAUGGAGGACACGCCCAUAUCUCCAGGCCACGCCGAAGAAUACUCGUCUUCAUCAACAAGCACACCAAUUACAAUGCAGGCACCACAACGAGCACGACAUCAACAAAACACAAGCAUCUCAGCAUCACAAAGUUCCGUGAAGAGCACCAACUCAAAUACAAUCUCUUAUACCAACCCCUUUGCCAAGAAGCAAUGGUCAGGCCAGUAUGCACCAUCCCCGCAUGAUUCUGUGGGCGCUUCACAGUCACCGUCGGCAUCAGCGAGCGCGUCAGUUUCUGCAGCCGAAGACACGCCCCCUGGAUCAAGCGAUGGCCUUCACAUGGCGCCCGCACCAUCAUAUCCACAGGCACUUACGACAACUAUGACGACCACCAUCUCAACCUCCACCUCUACACAGUCUUUCAACUACACCAACCCCAACUCUCACAUCAACUCUGAGAGAUCUCCUAUGGUAUCACACAACUCUGUUCCUGGUCGGCCGCCUCGUUCUGCUGGUGGACAGAGUGUUGAAGGCAGUGACAAUGGUAGUAUUGUCGAAGAAGAGUACACGACUGCAUUACCCGUCUUUUCAGAAAAGACCAUCAAGGAGAAGAAAGAGCGUGGUUUCCGAGGUGUCCUCCCCUUCCAGCGCAAAAGCAAGCGCAAAGACAAGGAUAAAGAUAAGGAUAAGGAUAAGGACAAGGACAAGGACAAGGAAAGCCGCAAAGACAAGGGCAAAGACAAAGACCGAGACCGAGACCGGGACAAGGACAAGGAUCGAGACAAGGAUCGAGACAAGGAUCGCAGCCAGGACCGCAGCCCUGAGCGGAGUUUCGGCGGUGGGGAACCUGGCAUCUUAACGUCUGGCUUCAGAGGAAAGAGCAGCGCUCGGGGCGAAGACCGAGAGCGCGGAGAGCGUGACGAAGAGUUUUGA